GGAAUUUCUGGGGCUGAGUUGAGUCGUAUCGCCCGGAUGCCAAAGGCAAAUUUUGGUAGUCGUCGUCCCGUCGCCAAACAUUACUAUGAAAUUUUAUUAUAAUUCUCCCUCAUGGCCUUCGAUUUUCGCAAGAUUUUUUUUUUUUUUUUUCAAAAAUAACAACUGGCUUUUUCAUUUCAUUCAUGGUGCGUAUGGCGUUUCCAAUACAGCAAACCAAAUGGUUUACUUUUUAAAUUUGCUACCUUAAUUGUUGUAACGACAGUUAACGGCCUUUGGUAUUUAUAGCCAUUGUCGUUUGAAGGUCAGGAGACGUUUUUCUCGUAUCUUUUGUGUGUGAUUUUCCCAGUGUUAUCUUUCGGAGAAAGUGAACGUUUUAACCCAUUGGUUUCGUCCCUUUAACGUAUCGAUACACUGCUUUAAAUAGACCUGUCAUCUUGGGCAUAGAGCUCAGUACGUUUUUCGUCAAGCUAUCGGAUAGUUCCGAGACUUUCAACAAUUCAAAAUAGAAAACAUAGCUUUUAAAAAAAUGCCAGUCUUUCCAUCAAAAUCGACAGCCAUCUCAGAUCUAGUGCUAGCAUGUUCGUGCGUCUGGUCGCUCUACUCGAUCUACGGGGGUAUGCCCAGCAUCGGAUUGAAACCUCGCGAUGGCGGCAUGGCUUCCAAUAACUUGGCCAGCGUUUGGUUUGCCCUAACUCUGGCCGCAUCACUGUUAGGCGCCUUUCGUUUCCUGAAAAGGCAGUUCUUUGAUCGUUUGGCGCCCAUUCACGACCUGUUGUCCUGGUUGGUCCUAGUCAUCGGGCUUCCUUGCUUGGCUUCUCAAUUUUACAUGAACGCCGGCCUACCAGUUUUGGGAAACUUGCACCUGCUGCUCAUGUUACCACCUAUUCUCUCUUGGCUCGGCAAAGAUCAUUUGCUGGGUACUUUCAUUUCCAGAGCGGAGACGAAUAAAGUGACGGGUUACCUGGCGUUAGCCUCCAUGUUCUCCAUGACCGGAUGCGCCGUCUACAGCCGAAAUUACUAUCAGCUAUUGGCUUGCCUUUUAAUGUUCUCUUCGUCACGAGCCUUUGACAUCACGGAGAAAAGGAGACUCGGCCUACCACCUGUUGAUUGGCUCCACUACGGAUUGGCCGCUUCCAAUUUCUUGUUAGUCGCCGGACUCUGUCAUACCGAUCUGCCCGGAAUGGACAAACUGAGACACUGGACAGGAAAUGCCAUGUCAUCCAUGUUUUCUUAAACUCGUCUCUUUAACGUUCUUUUCACGCGUGUUUCUUUUUUGUUUUGUUUUUUUGUCAUUUUAAAUUCUGAAAAAGUUUAUCCGGCUGGUAACUCUGGUAAUAGUCGAGGAAUCUAAUAAAAUCAAGCAUAAAUCAUU